AUGUCAUCACCAUUAUAUCUCGUCCUCCUCUUCGUCGUCUUCAUCAGCCACCGUGGAGCCACCACCGAAGCCGCCAACGAACCAGUAAUCGACGUCUACGGUAAAAGACUCCAAUCAGGCAUCAGCUACUACAUCUUGCCUGUAGUUCGCGGCCGCGGCGGCGGACUAACCGUGUCCGAAUCCGAGAACACAACUUGUCCGAGAAUUGUGACCCAAGACCAAUCCAAGGACUCUAAAGGCCUGCCCGUAGAUUUCACACCAUAUGACAAAUCAAGAACCAUCCGUGUCUCGACUGAUCUAAACUUUGAGUUCUCUCUAUUUACGAUCUGGAAAUUAGACAGUUCCGAGGAGACGCCGAAUCAGUUGUUUAUUUCAACUUGUGGCGUUUCGGGGAACCCGGGUCAGAAAACGGUUAGUAACUGGUUCAAGAUCGACAAAUUCGAAGAUGCUUACAAGAUCGUGUUUUGUCCUUCUGUCUGCAAUUUCUGCAAAGUCAGGUGCGGAGACAUUGGAGUGUUUGUGAAAGAUGGAAAGAGAAGACUUGCUUUAAGUGAUGUUCCAUUAAAAGUCAUGUUCAAAAAAGCAUAG